AUGAAUCAAGACUGUGUAAUAAACCAGGCUACUAUCUAUAAGAUUUGUCAAAAUAUGGGUAAGGAACGAGCUGUGCGUGUCAGGCGACACCCUUCAGGGUCAGACACGGCUCUGACUCCCAGCAAACCGGCAGGAGCCGAUUUCAGCACAGGCUGGCAGCCUCGAUGGUUUGUUUUAGACAAUGGGAUAUUGUCGUACUAUGAUUCACAGGAUGAUGUUUGCAAAGGCAGCAAAGGAAGUAUAAAGAUGGCUGUUUGUGAAAUUAAAGUUCAUGCAACAGACAACACAAGAAUGGAGCUAAUCAUCCCAGGGGAACAGCAUUUCUAUAUGAAAGCAGUUAAUGCAGCUGAAAGGCAAAGAUGGCUGGUAGCCCUGGGGAGUGCGAAAGCCUGUUUGGCAGAUACCAGAACAAAAAAAGAAAAAGAAAUAAGUGAGACCAAUGAAUCUCUUAAAACCAAAAUGUCCGAACUUCGUCUCUACUGUGAUCUUUUAAUGCAGCAAGUUCAUACAAUACAAGAAUUUGUUCACCGUGAUGAGACUCGAUCUCCUCCCAGCAUUGAGAACAUGAAUGAAGCCUCUUCCUUGCUUAGUGCCACGUGUAAUACGUUUAUCACAACACUUGAAGAAUGUGUGAAGAUUGCUAAUGCCAAGUUUAAGCCAGAAAUGUUUCAGCUGCCUCACCCUGAUCCCUUAGUUUCUCCUGUGUCACCAUCACCUGUCCAAAUGAUGAAGCGUUCCAUUAGCCACCCUGGCACUUGCUAUUUAGAGAGGAAUAGUUACUCUGUAAAAGAACCAAUUUCAUCUCUUCACCAAUUAUCACAGCGACGCAGAAGAACGUACUCAGACACGGAAUCUUACAGUGAUACUCCCCUUGAAGAUUCUCAGAGAUCUGCUCACUGUUCUAGAAGUGCUGUCAAUGGAGAUUUGGUAUCAUCAGCCAUUCCUGAAGAAAAUAGAUCAGUGUCAAAGGACAGAUCUGAACUGGAAGAGACUCUUCCAUCCUUUUCUUCCUGAAGAAACUGAAAGUGUUCAAUUUUCUAUAAAUAAUGCUAUGCAAAGGCUGCUGUAAUUAUACUGUUGUUAUAGGAAGUAGUCAUUUCCCUUUUUAGAAGGACUUCUCUGCACUUUAUAGAAUAACAUAAAAACUAUCUUGGAAGUGUAUUUUAUCUUUAUAUAGUUUAUUUGCAAAAGUAUUUUCCUAAUAUUUCACAGUUUGAAUGUGCAUUUUUUGGAACAAAUAAUGAUUUAACAGAUAAGCAUCUACAUUUGUAAAUGUAGCUCUUUUUAAAAAGUGUGAGGGUCUGACUGAUACAUUAGUAAACCUGCAAAUUAUAAACUUCAGCAAAAAGUUUUCACAUUUUUGGAGAAAAUGUAACUUGUGCCAUGGGCCUGUUGGUCAUUUGUAUAAACUCUAGAGGGUGGUCAUGCAGUCCUCCUGGAGCUGUGAUACCCUGCACUGGCUUUCUUGACUGUGUAAGGGCUGUGGGAUUAGGUAUUAAUGGGUUUACUCUAGCAGCUUGAUGGUAAUUAACAUUACCUUCUUUAAAAACACAAGGAGAUACAUAAUCUGGUCCUUAUUUUUAGCCAAUGAAAGUAGAAAUAUUUAGUGUAUUUUUCUAAACAAAUGUAUAAAAAUAACUUAAUAUGAAGCAUUUGUACCAAACAUUGGAUAUUUAACAAUUUUUAUUUAUUUAUUGUUUUUUGCAUCAAAAAUUUCUACCUACUUUCACUACUAAAGAUCUAAAGAUCUAGGAAAGGCUUCAAAAUGUGCAUGAAUUGUUUCUGAGGUGUGUAGCAUCACAAAUAGCUAAUGCAGCACUGCUAAGAUUUAUUCUGCUGAUUAAGAUAUCUUUUUAACAAAGUAUUAUAGAAGCAAGAGCUGAAAUAUUAGACCAUUAAGCUGCUGUUGUAAUGAAUAUUUGUAUCUAUACAUACUUUAUUUAUGACAUAUUUAUACAAAAAAGGGGCUUCUGUUUUUGCGACUUCUUUGUAUCACUUCAGGAUGGUAUAUACCAGGAGAUGGGUUCUCAUCUCAGUUACGUCAGUAUAAACUUGCAUUAACUGUAGGUGAGAUCAGAUUCCGCCUCUCUAAAUAAUUGAUGAAUAAUAUAGUAUAACAGUGCCUGCUAGCACCUUGCUCCAUAAGGUUGCUAGUGUUUGCAUUGUAAGCUUUUGGGGUUUUUGGUAUUCAUUUAGGGAUAAACUUGGUCUGUAAAGUCUUAGCUGUAGCGCACUUUAAACAAACAGUUUACUGUUUUUGAUUUACACAAAUGUUAAAUAAAUGUACAGGGAUUUUUUGCACUGAAGCACAUACCAAAAUCUGUUUUUAUAGUCAAAUCUUUACUUUGGUUUAAUGAGUCUUCCUUUGGUAUAUAUGAGUAAUUUGGUGUUUUUGAAGCAGGCUGGAAAAGACAGAUGAGGAAUGGAGAGUUUCCUUAUGAAUUUCUGGAAUGUUGAUUUAUCUGAAUCAAAAAAGGUCCAAAUGUUGACAGAAACAUAUCAGCUGUUGCCCAUCUAGAGUACCAGUUACAAAUCAUUAUGUCUGGAAGAAAUAAAAUGGAAUGGCUCGUAUGAGUGAAGUUAUUUGUGGAUACAAGCUCAGAGCUGUCAUUUAUGCUCAGUUUUGUCAGUUUUCAUGUAACUAGCAUUUGCAUAUGCGUAUCGACCAUAUCGGCCACACACAUGCUUAUACAUUUUUUUUGGAAUGUUUGCUUUAAUGUACUCUGUAUUAUACUUCUUCAGUCUUACGGCAAAUGUAAAAAUAAGUAUUAAAAGAGUGACAUGUUCA